GAAGCCAUGUUGUUUGCCUUUCUCCUCCUGCUGUGGCUGGGCCCUGUGAUUCCAAACCAGAAGGCAGGCAGUUGUUCCCAGCCCCAGCCUCUCUGCUGCCCCGGAGAGGAUUAUGGCUGCAAGAGAGGAAACUGCUAUUGUGAUAAAUUCUGCCGUGUGCUAUCAGACUGCUGCCCAGACCACGGGACCCUCUGCAACUCCAGUGACCUGCAUGCAGGCUCUCUUCCACCCAUGGCUCAGCUGGAUGUUGUAAUCCACAGAGCCUUUCACACUCCCAAGAUGGUGCUACAGAUGGUGCUGAGGACCGAGAGGCCACUUGACUCAGCCAGGAACAAUCAAGAUUUGGUACAAAACGUGGUUCUGCAGCUCCUCCAAGGCCUCUCCAGAAGGCCACUCUCAGUGACUGUGAAGGGAAUCAAGAGGAGAGCCUGAGUCUCUCCAGCCCUCGCCAGCAGGACCCAUGGAACGGAGAUCACCUUUGGUUUGUUGGGGCCAACAUGGCUGGCCCAGCC